GCAAUGUGUUAUUGAAGGAAUCGUGGAAAUGUGGGAACAAAUACAUACUUUGAUUUCAAUUCAAAAGUUAUUAUUAAAAUUCAACUUAUAAUUUGUAAUUGUAAAAUUUGUAUUCUAAACAUAUCUCAUUAUGUGCAAGGACUUAAUUUCAAUUUAUAAACAGCUGCUGGAGCAGAAUGUUCGUGAAAAAAAGAUUCAAAAUAUUUUAAGGGUAUUUCUCCGGGAAAUUCAACCCCCCAUGCUGUUGAAAUGUGAAACCUAUCCAUAUCCUCCAGAACUUUUUAUGGACUUUGCAAAAUUAUUUAUAGAAUUUAUACAAAAAAAGGAUACUCUGGUAGAAAAUUCUCUGCUGUCAGCCUCGUGUCUUGCCUCAUUGCUGUGUCAGAUAAUGCACCCUGAGGGAACUGCAGAAUUUGUGGUUUAUGUGUUAAUAAAACUGAAUGAUAUGGGUUUAUCAAGUAAUAAGAACAGACUUUUAUCUGAUGGUUAUUUAAAAGACAAAAGAAUAAAAGAAACCUUCAGUUCUGAAACAACGGGUUGCUUACCUCAUAAAUGUAAUGAAAACUGCAGUGAUCCAAAAACAUGGAUCACAUCAUUAUUUGGUGAAUUAGAUUCUGAUGAGGAAGAAGUGAAAACAAGUUCUUUAUUAUACACAGUUAAGCCUUCUUUCUCUCAUCUUGCUGUGCUUCAUGGUUUGCUUACUACCAGACAGAAAGAUCACUUGUUAUGUAAAUUAAACAGUAACAGUGCUUUGCUAUUUGACAUUCAUUUUCUUAUUCACAAGUUGUGCCAGAUGUCAUCUACAUUUCAAUUCCAUGCUUUUCAUCUUUUCUUAAACUGGAUAAAAACCCUGAAGAGCUUAUUACCUGAGUUGUAUGCAAGUGUAGAUCUUGUAGAAACAAGAAUAGUUUCUCAAAAGUCAGCUCUUUUCAAAGAUGUGUUACAGACAAUCUUUUCAAACUGGGAAAAUCCAGUACGUGGGGUUCCAGAAAUUGUGAAGAACAUAUUUAAAAAUGUGCUUGAAGCCCAUGAAAUUGAAAAUAAAUUAUGUGAUAAUGAAAGCAGUGACUUCCUCAUGUAUAUUUUUCAAAGUGUGGAUAGUAUGUCAUGGGAUAGAAGAGGAAAAUAUUCAGUACUUUCAUGUUUAAUUCAAUAUUUGGGAUUGACAAAGGUUCUUGAGAAACAUCCUGACUUACCGUCAUACGUGAUGAGAAGUUUUGUGUCCAACUAUCUUGUAGCCUCAUCAUGUGAUAUAUACAGACAGACUGUGGAGCACAUGCUGGCUGAAAAUGAAGAUGAAGCUCUGUGUCAGUGGAUAAGAUGGUGGUUGCCAGAGAUUUUAUCAAACCUAAUGGGAAGCUGUAGGGUGAAGCAACAAGGUGUUGUUAAUCAUUUGUUGCCAUGGACUCUGAAAGUUCUUCCUGCAUCAUACAGUUUGUUGAAGGAGAGAGUGAAAGACCAGAAUGAUUAUGCUGAAGUUACACUUGCUCGAAUAGCAAGGCAGAGUGGAGUUUGUUUGUUUAAUGAUAUUCCACAAGAUCUUGUCCUUAAGACACUAGCCCAUAUUGACGAAAGUGUUCGCAUUGAAGCAGUAAUGUUAGUAUGUACAUCACAGAAGAAGACUGAGCUCCCUACUUUGCUGGAGAUUGAGACACUGAAAGAUUUCUUAUCCAACAACCUUAACAUAGAUAGCGGCCCAUUUCGCUGCCAACUGUUCAAGCAUGUCACGACAUUUCUUGUUCGUAUCAGGGAUGGAGCACUAAGUUCAGUUGAUUUUAAAAAACAAAAUUUAUUUACCAGCAUUCCAUCAGUAUUGAAAGAAAGUAUUUGCUUUGUUGAUUGGCUGCUAGAUUUAAUUGCAAGGAACCUCAUUCCUGGCUCAUCCUUUCAACGUCGCCACUCGUGUUUAUCCAUUUUCCUCGUUAUCCUGGAAACAUUCUGUUCUGAACCCAAUCCUCAGAGAAAAAAGGGAGUUCCUCCAGCUAAAACUCAUCUGCUUGUCCAGCUUGUACAAAACAAUGGGAAAUGGGACUUCUUUACUGUGCCAAUAUUGUAUACUAUUAUGACCUGUAUGAUGGAUAUGGUUGAUGAGAUAAAAGAACUUGCAGUUAAAAUCCUUGAAGAUUACUUUCCAUGGCCACCACCAGAUGGCAUUUUGCAUUCACUAAGUGAAGAGAUGUUGGCUUCAGCAUUAAGAUUGUGCAACAGUCCUCAUGUCCAAGAAUGUGAUACUGGAGCUUUCAUCCAUCGUUUGUUAUUCAUCAGAUGUGUAGUAAGAUCCAAGAUGCAGAUUAACUUAACUCAAAAGGAAAUAUUGACCACUACUCUGGAUUAUAACAGCUACAUUGAAUUGGACUACCUGACAGAGCUUCUGAGAAUGGCAGAGAAACAGUUCGCUUUAGCUGAGAAUAAUUUAUUGAAAGCUGCAGCAAAUGCCCCAGUACAUGGUAUACUUCAUGCUUUGCAUCGAGUCAUGACAGAUAAACCUGAAGCCCUGAGUCACUUACUAGAGUUGAUUCCUGGAGAUGAACUAACUGUGAUAAAGAUGCAACAUUUGAUGACAAAUGUGUUUGACCUCUGUGACAGUAUUGUGAAGUUUAUGCUAGAGGCCAUGGGAUCAGGAAGUGACAUCAGCAAAGAGGUGGCACCAUCAUUCGAAGAGAUGAGUAUUGCUCUACAAAAUGUGGCUUACAAGUUUCGGGAAAACCAGAUCUCAGAAGAUGAUCCAGCUCUGCCCUGUGAUUACCAGCUUCUGAUAUCUUGUUGUUGGCAGUCCAUUAAGGAAAGUUGUUUCUUUCUCGCUGAUCUUAUUACAGUCAUGUUUUCGGAGCACCCUAAGCUGAAGCAUUUUAUUGAUCAUACCCUGGUACAAAAAGCUGUAAAUUGCAUGGUAUCUGUUCUGAUGAGAUGUCGGCACAAGGGAGCCAUUGAAGCUUGUAGUUCUGCACUUCAUCAGGUAUGUGCCUCGUUGCUGAAGUCUUCUGACUUAAGUCUUGCAGCAUUACCACAAAAGACUUUAGAAAAGGUUUACGUCGGUAUAAUGAAAACUGCUGUAAACUAUUCUACAACUCGGCGAUCAGCUGGAAUUUCCCUUCUUGUCCAAGCUGUAGUCACAAGCGAACCAGAUUCCCAACACCAUAAGCUAUUGGACUAUACUCUGUGUGAGUUAUUCAGGAUAAUCCAUCAUCCGCUUCCAGCUUCUGUGAAUCAGUGUGCUGAUCUUCCCCAGGCUCAAGCAUUACACAUUCUCCGAGAACUCGUCAGCAAUGCCAGCCUUUCUAAACAUAUCCUAACAUUUUUAGAUGAAAUAAUUCCCACUUGCAUUGAUGGAUUUUCUUCUCACUCCUGGGGAGUUAGAAAUGGAGCUCUUCAGCUUUAUGGUGCUGCUGUUUCUCGUUUACUUGGACAGAAGAAAGGUGUUGAUGCUGAGCGGAAUGUUGGUAGUGUUGUUGAUGUGUUUACUCGAUACCCUCGAUUGCAUGACUAUUUGUUGAGCACUCUACAGCAUGCUGUAAUGAGUCACCACCAGGGAUCUGUACAUCCCAGCUUGGUUCCAUUGCUUACUUUUCUCUCCCGAUUUUCUGCAGACCAGGGUUUUCAAGAGAAACAGUAUUCUCAAGUUUCCCAGUUUAUACCCUUGUUGCAGAGGCUUCUUGAGAGUCCAGUUUGGACCAUCAGAACAGUGUCAGCCUCAGCACUGGUCUCUCUUCUUCCCCAAGACAACAUUCCUGAAAUGUUUGUUGCUUUGGUGACAGGUCUGUCAAAUGCUGGAGAGUUUGUUGCAAACAGAGAUCAUGGAUACUUAUUAACAUUGUUGAACAUCUUGAAAAUUAGAAAUGUUCCAGCCCAAUUAUUCAACCUGGAUAUUAAUAUUGAAGAGAAAUGCCUGUGUUUGUCUACCUUACACAGGUGUAAUAUAGUGCAGACACUAAGUUUAGCAGUACUCCAGCUUUUCAAUGAAAGAGUACGAGGUUCUAGACUGAUGUAUAGCCAUAUCAAUGACAUACUCAGACAUGCAAACAAGAGUACCUUAUGCAAAUGGACACCUGGGUAUUCUUUGUGGUGUAGAGCCAAGCUCGAAUGCCUUUUGAAAAACACCAAACCUGAAGAACUUGAUAUUGUAGUGUUAGAGGAAGUAACCAGAAAUAUUAAAAAUGAAUAUUGCCUGGAUUUUCUGGAUGAGAAACUAAAGCAACAAAGUGCAGUGGAUGAAGAACUGCAGCAGUUAAUAGCUAUUGACACUUGGAAGAAAAUUAUGGAAACACUUAUGUGGUAUGUAACACAAGAAACACAUCCUAGCAUGCUAGUGAAAAUUUUGAACCUCAUCAAUAUCAUGUGUAGCACCUUGGGUGUUUGGAACUUCAGAAAAUGUUUACUGGAGGACAAGGAGAUUGAUUUGUUUUUAAACAGGGCAGUCACUGGGUGUUAUGGAACAAGCGUAUAUGCUGCCAGCUUGAAAUUAUUGUCCCUACGAUUGAAACUUUUAUUACAGUUCAGAUCUGAGAGCUUGGAUCUUGAGGUUGUGGUAAAGUGGGCAUCUUUAAUACGCAUGUCUUGUCACCCGACACACUGUGAAGAUACAAGACACACAGUAGCUGUCUGUCUUCACCAUGCUGGUGUUCCAGUGAUGCAACACCUGGUUACUGUUAGCAAGAAAAACAACAGGGCUGUUCCAGUACUUAUUAAUUUAUGUGAGGGAAUACUGAUGCUAUUACAAGAAGAAGAUACUGAUGUGCGUAGGGAAGCAGCCCUCUUUGCUUCACGUUUGUGUGACACAUCUCAUGAUCAGCAACUGAAGAUUCACAGCAGUAUUGGAGUUAAGUACAUUUUAGAGUGGAUGAACAAGAAUAUAGGACAAUCCCCAAAUUAUCUGGAUUUUUUGUGGAAACAGACUCACAGUGAGCCAGCUCUUCAUCAAGUGUUGCAAGAUCAUUGUUGUAAUAGGCUACGUAUGUUAUUCGAGCAAGAAGAAAUCAACAUUUUUGCGGAGCCACUGUACACUCGCACUUACUUUUUUCAACAAAUAAAGGCUGUAACCAAGAAUGAUGUUCUGUGGAAACUGAGUGAAAAUGUGAACUGGAUUACACAAAAACUUCAUGAAUGUUGUAAAAUCUGUGAAGCUUUGGAUGAAAAUAGUUUACUAACAUCAGGAUGUUCUGGUUUAACAGUAUUCCAGGAAACAAAGGUUUUAGUAGCUAUAAUGAAAUUCUAUGUACGGCUCAACUGGAUGGAAGUUUUAGUGGGCAAAAGUCCUUUCCAUUUAUCACAUCAACAACAAAUUAACUGUUUGAAGACUUACAGAAUGAAACUAGAAAGUUUCUUCAGUUUUAUUAAAUGUUUAGAUUUUGAAAAUUAUGUUUAAUGUUAUAUCCAGGCCUAGUGAUAUGUCAGAUUUUUUAAAUAAGUUUUUAUUUUUAUAUUUUACAAAUAGAAACUUAACCAGUGAGUGUACAAUUAUGAAAAAGUACUAAGUGAUAUGAGUUUAGGCUAAUUCCCUCUUUACAGUAAACAUAUUAGUAAAAUGAUGUAUCAUAAAUGACAAAGAACAACCUCAUUGUACUAUAAAUAUGUAAAACUUCUACAAAUAAACAGUUCUGUUGAUUUUAAA